AUGAACACAGAAAACGUGAAUCCAAAUCUACCUACUGAAGAACUGAGGAAAAACAAAAUGUUUAUGCAUGAAAUAAAAGACAAAAGUCUUAUAUCAAGGAUUCCUCUUCAAGAAAAAGAGAUAUUUAAAGUACCUUCAUUGAAUUGUACAGAAAUUUUGAUGCCGACACAGCUAGAUUUGGAUCUAUAUGAAAUCCAACGAUUAUAUAAACAAAAUUAUAGGGAAGCAAACUUGAAGAUCAUGAAUUCAAGAAAAUCGGAUCAUUAA